AUGGCAUCUCAUGCUGCGAUGCUCCUUAAUCCCAAGGGCUCCAAAAGACAAGCUCAAAGCAGUGGUAAUCCUCCCUUUUCUUCACCCCCAGCGAGUGACUUGCCUCCCACGGAUGAUGUCGCCAUGUCCUCCGAAUCACCCUCGAAUAAAUCUGGACCUAUGAAUUCUGCUCCUGCGGUUUCUUCUCCUCGUGUUUCUACGGUUCCUUGUGGGGACACAAUAGCUGCCUCAGCCAUGUCUGGAAACCUUCUUGACCCACCUGAAGCUCCUGUCCAUCUUGCCACCGAGAUGAAUACCAAGUUUAUGCCUUCGGACAUGAUGUACAAUGCUGAAUCGUGUGUCCCUUCUGCCCCUCAGAUGGAUACUUCGGUAAUGCGUGAAAAUUCUCUUGGUCCCGGUGACUCUUUUUCCCCUGGUGCUCCCAAUUCGUUUGAUCCAUCCUUGAGUCUUUCUUCCCACGAUUUAUCUUCCCCUUACAUGUCUCAUCCCACAGACUCCAUGCUUCUUAACUCUAGUGAUUUCCAAGGCUCACUUUUGGAAGGUCCAGGAAAACAACGAAAUAGUUCAUAUGCUGCCUCUCCCAUGGCUCCCGCAGGCACUGCAGCCGCUACACGCUUUGAACAACACACUACUCGCACUUCUCGCACUUCUCCAAGUGUGUCGUCCGGAAUUUCAACCCCGGCUGUGAACUCAGAACCCAAUCUGAUGGUGCAGUUCAGCACCACCCAUGAUGAAGAUAAUGAAAGCGACACGAAAAGAAGUCACUGCGAGAUGAGUGACGAAGAAGGCAUCACCUACCGCCCCAAUCUGAUCGAAAAUAUCUAUGGCGUUGAAAAAAGGAAGAACCAGCCAACGAAGAAAAUGAAAACCGAGCAUGAUGCGGAAGAGAAGCCGAACACGCCGACAGCACUGGUCUCGAUCUCUGGAGAUAGUGGGUUUGGCAAGUGGAUGAAAGAGGAGGAUAUGAAACCAACCCCAACUUCCACUACACCCAACGUGGUGGAUUUGACAGCAGAUCUUGUGAGCACACCCAAGGAUGAUGACGAAGUCUUAUGCACCAGUUCCACAGACCUCAGCACCCAGCGUGUCUGCUUCGGCAAAAUUGAAGGAGCAAUGAUCAUGGCCUAUUUAGUCCCUAAACCAGGGCACUCUGUUUUCACUGAUUUCUCGCAUGCUUGGCCGUCUAUUAAAUUAGACCUGCAACGCCAACCUGUGAAGGGCAAUUUCCAGAUCAACGUCGCGGACCCUCAUGGCAAGGUUUUCGGUACGAUUGACCCUAAAACGGCACAAGGACUGUGUCCGCUUAUGGACUCCGAAGAAGCUGCUAUCGAAGUGAGAGCUCUAUUGGAUACCCGGAGAACUUCUCCGAAUGAAGAGAUUUGGCAUCCCACCUCAGGCAUAUGGCGUGCAACCCUCAACAUUUAUGGUCAAAGGAAGAAGGCAGAGUCUAUUGGCAACUUCCUAUCCCACCGCAAUGUCUGGCUAGGAACUCCAAUUUCCGUGGACAAAGGAACCACUGUGUUCAAUCCACACGCAGAGAGCCGGCUCCAGCUUGCUGCCGCAAAGGCCGCCGCCAACAACUCUGGGCGUUCUCGUCCAGGGCCAAACAUUAGAUAUGAAGCGCGAACUGCUGAGGAAGCUAAUGAUGCAGUCAUGAAGAUGUUCGACCAGCUUGCCAAUGCUAACAUUCCAACAAUGGAACCGUCUCGUCACAUUUCCACACCCAUGCUACAUCACCAAAAACAAGCAUUGUGGUUCAUGACAGAGAAAGAAAAGCCCCGCAAAUUUGGCCGGAAAGAAGAAGACAACAAUUCCUUGUGGCGAAUGGAGCGUACACCGAAUGGCAAGACGCAGUACCGCGAGAUCAUCACUGGAAUGAUUUCCGAACAAAAGCCCGAGGAGGCCCUCGGUGGCUUAUUAGCCGACAUGAUGGGCCUGGGUAAGACUCUGAGUAUUCUUUCACUCAUCACGUCGUCGCUUGAGCUGGCUAGUAACUGGACGGAGAUGGCUCCUGAUCCUGUGCUUGUUCGCCGAAACCCAGGAAUUCGCAACACACGGACAACACUAUUGGUUGUCCCGUUGAGUGCAGUGAGCAAUUGGGUAACCCAGAUCAAGGACCAUCUCAAGCCACGCUCCAUCAGCUACUACAUAUUUCAUGGUCCCUCGCGUAUCACCGAUUUGGAUGAACUUUGCGAGUACGAUAUCAUUAUCACGACAUAUAGCACUAUUCUCAGUGAGAUCUCGGGGCGUGGCGCCAAAAGUGGAAAGCUCAGCCCGUUGACAAAAAUGAACAUGUUUCGGAUUGUGCUUGACGAAGCUCACAUCAUCAGAGAACAAAAUGCGGCACAAACCAAGGCGAUCCUCGGGCUUCACUCGGAGCGUCGAUGGUCAGUUACUGGAACACCAAUUCAAAACCGCAUGGAAGAUCUCCUGUCUGUGACUAGGUUUCUACGAAUUGCACCUUACGACCAACGAAGCCAAUUUUCCCAGCACGUAACUAAUCCGGUCAAAAAUGGUGAUCCCAAUGUACUUGCCAGGUUGCGAGUUCUGGUGGAUUCAUUCACCUUGCGCAGAGUCAAGGACAAAAUCAAUCUGCCACCCCGAGAAGACAAUAUCGUCACACUAGAAUUCACUGAACAAGAACGGCAAUUGCAUGACUUCUUCCGCACGGAAUCAAAUGUGAUGAUGAGUGUCAUUGCUGGUGAGGACAAACGCAAGAUAGGGGGACGUAUGUAUCACCAUGUUUUGAAGGCCAUGAUGAUUCUCCGCCAAGUCAGUGCUCACGGGAAAGAGCUUCUUGACGUCGCAGACCGGGAGAGAGCAAAGGGUUUCUCUGUUCACGACGCAAUUGACUUGGAGGAGGGCGAAACGGACAAAAGCCCGGCAGCCAUAGACAAGAAGGCAUACGAAAUUUUCAGCCUGAUGCAGCAAGCCUCAGUCCCUCGGUGUGGCAAUUGUAAUCGAGAACUCGAUGAACCUCUGAACUCAGUAGGAGCUGUCGCCCGCGAUUCUCCAAUGGCUGUUGUCCUGCCAUGUCUCGAUGUUUUCUGCCCCAGUUGCUUCUCUGGCUGGAAGCAAGCCUUCGAUUCGCAUAUUGAGACAGAGACCCGCUGCCCCAGGUGCGAAGGCUGGAUUGCUAUGAAAUACUCGACUAUCACACCUGCUGGCUUUCAACAAUACGAGGCCCAACAGGAAAGUGAUCGGCAAACCCGGAAGCUGGGCAAGAAUCUUGGUGAAUACGAAGGGCCCCACACCAAAACUAUUGCACUGGUCAACUAUCUCAAGCAAAGUCUUGAAGAUAGCAAGAAACUCGAAGGCGAGUCCCCUAUCAAGAGUGUUGUGUUCUCCGGAUGGACCUCGCACCUGGACCUCAUUGAGAUCGCCUUGCAAAACAAUGAGCUUCCUGGCUAUGUCCGACUUGAUGGUACUAUGACACUUGCAGCACGCACAAAAGCACUUGAGGAAUUUGCCAAAGACGACAAUAUCAAAGUCCUUUUGGCAACCAUUGGUGCUGGCGGUGUGGCCUUGAACCUAACUUCUGCCUCGCGUGUCUUUAUCAUGGAGCCCCAGUAUAACCCAGCCGCGGUUGCUCAGGCGAUUGACCGUGUUCAUCGUCUCGGCCAAACUCGCCCCGUGCAAACCUUUCAAUUUGUUAUGAAGGGCAGCAUUGAGGAGAAGAUAAUGGAUCUCGCCAAGAAGAAGCAAGAGAUGGCAGACACGAGCCUGAAUCGCGCGAAGCGGGACAAGCGUGAGACCCAGGAGGCUCGCAUGCGUGAAUACCGCAGCCUUUUCCAAUAG